UUCCCCCCACCCCCGCCUGCCUCUCUGCCAGCCUGUGGUCUCGGGUCUGUCAAAUAAAUAAAUAAAUAAAUUUUGAAAAGAAAAAGACAUGGGGCUCUGGAGUCCCCUAGCCGGGGUCUGCAUCCUGCCUCAGUGUCCUUGUCAGCAUGGGACUGAGGACCCCGCUCCUGCCGUGCGCCGUGAGGACCCAGACACGUGUGCGGACUGUCUCACAGGCCUGGCGGGCUCCCCGGUGUUGUCACUCAUAAGGCAGAAUAGGGUGGAAUGGAGGUUGGUGCCCAGUGUGGGCGUGGAGUCCCAGCUGGGCACCCAUAGGAGACCUCUGUGUCUCUCUGUGCCUCGGUUUCCCGUCUCUAAACUGCGUCUUCGUGUGGCUGUAAGAGCGGUGGGUGAGCAGCUGUCCCCGCAGGUGCACCUGCAGACGCAGCAGCAGGUGAAGCUGCGCAUGACGGGCAUGGCGCUGCAGGUGGUGCGCUCCGACGGCGUGCUGGCGCUCUACAACGGCCUCAGCGCCUCCCUGUGCCGACAGAUGACCUACUCCCUGACCCGGUUCGCCAUCUAUGAGACCGUGCGGGACCACGUGAGCAAGAGCAGCGAGGGGCCCCUGCCCUUCUACAAGAAGGUGUUGCUGGGUGCCAUCAGCGGUUGCAUUGGCGGCUUCGUGGGGACGCCGGCGGAUAUGGUCAAUGUCAGGAUGCAGAACGACAUGAAGCUGCCCCUGAGUCAGCGUCGCAACUACGCCCACGCUGUGGACGGCUUGUACCGCGUGGCCCGGGAAGAGGGUCUGAAGAAGCUGUUCUCGGGCGCCAGCAUGGCAUCCAGUCGAGGGAUGCUAGUCACCGUGGGCCAGCUGUCCUGCUACGAUCAGGCCAAGCAGCUGGUGCUCAGCACCGGGCACCUGCCUGAUGGCGUCCUCACUCACCUUGUCGCCAGCUUCAUCGCGGGUGGGUGUGCCACGGCCCUGUGCCAGCCCCUGGACGUCCUGAAGACGCGUCUCAUGAAUGCCAAGGGCGAGUAUCAGGGUGUCCUCCACUGCGCAGUAGAGACAGCAAAGCUGGGGCCGCUGGCCUUUUACAAGGGCCUCCUGCCUGCUGGCAUCCGCCUCAUGCCGCACACGGUGCUGACGUUUGUGUUCCUGGAGCAGCUCCGCAAGCACUUCGGCAUCAAAGUGCUUUCCUGAUGGGCGGGGGAAGGGGCGACCCCGCACCCAGGAGGGUUGGUGGGCUGAGCGCUGCCUGUGUGCCCAGGCCUCCAUCCUCCUGGGCCCCCCACCCUGGCCUUCCCCCAUGGGCUCCGGCCACACCCAGCCUACCUGGGCCGGAGAUCCUUCCAGUAUCCUCCGUCCCCUCCACUUUCUGCCUGCCCUCCCUAGGCUCUCCCUACCUGGCAUUCCGGGGGACCCCCAUGUCCUCCCCCAGGCACAGUAAUGACCCAGGGGGGAGGUGUCCAGGCCCUGGGUUCGGUUCUCUCCUCCCCCAGUAGCCAGCUCACCCUGGAGGUGGGCUGUUCUCCAGUCUGAGGCCUUCAGCAGCAGCUUCCAUCCAGGGAUGGGUGGCCGCGGAGGGGGUGCCAACCCCCAGCACAGCUCAGCAGACUCGGGGUGCGCACAGGCACUUUUAUUUCUGGAGAGGGACCGUAGCUCUUCUGACAUUCUCAGCACCGGGGCCCCUGGGCAGACAGCACCGGGCAGAACCACCAAGUCCAGGAGGGAGGGUGGGCGCAUGGCCCAUGGGCACCAGGUUGCUUUAACGAGUAAUUUCACCGAAACCUCUCAGCGCCGGGAGCCUGCUGCCGCCUUCAGGGAGCAGGCAGCGCCCCACACGCUGUCCGCGCCUCCCCCAGCUCCCCAUGCAGGGGCCCACUCUGUGCGGCCAGCAGCUGCCCACAGAGCACCCCCCAGCCUGAGUUCUGGCACCAGGCAGCCUGUCCCCACACCCCGCAAGGGGUUCUCUGCAGGGUGUCAAUAAAGGACCGCGCAGUGCUCCA